AUGGAAACCUAUGAUCUGGUUCAUGAUUUGCAUGCAUGGAGGGAUGACUGGAAAAUCGGCGUUAAGGUACUCAAGCGAUGGUAUAAGGCUGACGAAUAUGGGAAACCAGGCUUGGCGUUCGUUCUCGUGGAUGAAUAUGGCUCUAGAAUCUACGCUUCAUGUGGAAAUAUGAGUUAUUCCUAUUUCGAUAUGGUAUGUCCUGAAGGCCAAUGGGUAAAGUUGUCCAAAUUCCGCUUGAUUCCGGCAGAUUGGGAAAGGAAAGAAAGAAACACCAGACACAGCUCUCAGAUGAUACUGAAUACGGAGACCAAGGUUUCGUCAAUCAGGCCAUUGACAGAAGAUCCCUUCGAGAAAUUCGUCGAUUUUGAUGAGAUAAAUCAACGCCCCUAUUCUCAUUUAUAUCCAAUCGAUCUUAUUGGUGUAUUGGUAAAUGUUGGUGAAAUCUUAUCAUCUGAAUCUACGGAAGGAAUUUUUGAAAAAUCUCUAAAGUUCACCAUCAAAGAUCUUGAGGAUCGUACACUCGACUGCUUGGCUCACGGGGAUUUUGCUGUUGACAUCAAAAACCAAACAACAGGAGUGGAUGGCCCUUUUGCUAUUUGUGUUUUGACAGAUUGGAUGAUCUACAAAGACCAAGGUCCACCGGGGGUGAAACCACCUGAGCCGUGGUGGGAAGAAGGCUGGUCGCGGGUGAAAGCACUUGUGCUUGACUGGGCUUGUGUUGGUCACCCUUCAGUGCAUUGA